AUGUCAGCGGAACUAGCAGUAUCUUAUGCAGCUCUUAUUUUAGCCGAUGAUGGCAUUGAAAUAACUUCAGACAAACUGCAAACACUAGUAAAAUCAGCAGGCGUCCAAGUUGAAAAUGUCCUAAUAUCUCUAUUUGCAAAAGCGCUUGAAAGCAGAAAUGUUAAGGAACUUCUUUUAAAUAUAGGCACUGGAGGACCAAGGUCAGCAGCUGAAGGAGCACCUGCUCCAACAGCGAACGAAACAAAAGUCGAAGAAGCACCAAAGGAAGAAGAAGUAGAAGAGUCUGAUGAAGACGUAUUGCAUUUUUUUCUUUCAUAUCCUAAAACCACUAAUAUUUGA